AUAAUACGCCACUACAUGUGUUGUUACAUGGUAACCACCCCUUUCGCAUUCACCUACACGGCCUUCAAGUCCUCUUAGACGCUGGAGCAGAUAGCAUGCUGAAGAACCAGAAUGGUCUAACUGCAAUCGACGUGUAUGUGCAGAAUAUGUGUGAGGAGUAUGAAAAUACCAAGAAAGAGAAAGAAGAGAUUUUGCAAAUCUUGCACAGCUUUGCAGUUCCAGGAGUGAUAUUAGCAAGAGGUAAACAAGCUCUGAGUGUGUUCAACAAAGAUUUAGAAAAGGGACAAAUCAGAGUAUACCAAGCGCAGUUGAUAGGUGUCGGUGGUAUUUUUAAAAAAACGGUGCGGGAUAUUCUUUCAAAAAUGCUUCAUGAGGAAGAAAUAAGAACAGAUGGCAUGGUGCAUUUUGCUAUUGACGAUUAUAGUGAUUCGAAAGUGAAGAAGGAUAUUGAUGAACCUGAUGGUGUCAAACAGAAAUCGAAAAGUGUAGCAAAGCAAAGCAAAGAAGUACAACUACAGACAUCUAAUCGGACAUCAACUACAGUUAAAACUAGAGUAUCCCUAACUAAGGAACUAGAACCAAUUAAAACAGAAGGCAGCAGCGUUUACAGGAUUUUUAAGAAACUACGAGAUAGAAACAUCUAUACACACAGUAAAGUUGAAAAAAAAGUGAACGGAUUUGAAACAGAGGCACUCGAAAAUGUACCUGUUUUUGAACGAAUAUCAACAACUGAUCUUCCUUCAGCUGUACACAGUUCCAGAGGUGUAUUCCCGCACUCUCGUAAAAGAAAAUUUUCUUCAAAACCAUCUUCAUCUGUAACCCUCGAAUCUGAGGAUACUGAAGUGUUGAAAUUAUUGGAAAAGGAACAUAACACAGGUUGUUACUAUUGAAUUAAUAUUUCAAAAGUGGUAUAAUUUCAAAUCUGUAUUAACUUAGACCUCUGUGGUUAAAUAAAAUUGAACUUGAA